AGUUUGGUGUCCCAGUUGUGUCCGAUGGUGAGGAAGUGUCUCGGGAAAGAAGAAACCUACGACCUUAGAAUGGACACUGUAAUGUUAAUUGGUCGAGUAGCGUCAUUUCUCGGUCAAGAGGUCUGUGUGUCUGAGUUUGUUCCACAGUUACCAGCUUUAGCAUCUGAUGCCAUGUUCCAUGUGAGAAAGUCCUUUGCUAUAUGCUGUAAAGACUUGUGUUCAGUAAUAGGGCCAGCAUCAACUGAGGAAGUUAUUGUGAGUAUAUUUUAUAGAGUUUAUAUGUACAAGUAUAUUUGGUUUGUACAUGAGUAGUACAGUCCAUGUAUUAAAUAGAAUA